CCAUAAUUUCUGUGGCCCUGUCCUGUCUUCCUUGGGGUUUAUUUUAAUGUUCAGUUGUUUUCAUUAGAUCCAUAGCUCCCCAAGGGCAAGGCCAAGUUUCUCUCAUCUUAGUCCUCUUAAGGACUAAGUUGAGUGCUUUUAUUUGCAUAGCAUAUGUCUGUUGAAUGAGUGAUGACCUCACAUUUUUAAACUGGUCCUCAAGAAUCUGGGGUUCUGUUUUCUAAAACGUUCCAAAACAAAACAGGUUGGAGGGGGUACACUCAGUAGAGUGUUUUCCACAAACUUUCUCGUUCAUGACCAUCUUUUGGGAGCCUGGUGGGUUGAAAGGUGAGGUAUGUGCCACGUGAAAUGCAUUUUGGGCAACUCAGGCGCUGCUUUAACCACCCAAGAGCGUCUGAAAACAGUGACUGCUCCAGUCUGCUGGAGAGUUCACUGAGGAGAGGGACUGCGGUGGCUCCUGGCCAGGCUCUUGUGGCCUUCGGGGCCCCUUCUCAGGCUCAGAGGUUUCCCCUGCCAUGCCUGCUGGGGCCUGAGAAUGGAUGGGAAGCCAACCCUCCGGGUGGAGGUUUCGGAAUUCUAGGUUUUGAGCGAGGUUCCCCAGCGAUUGUUAAGAACAGGCAUGUGUCAGGAAAUCUGGCCUUGGGACAGCGAGGUUUCAGGAGUCUAGACACAAUGUGUCCACACGAACCACGCUUGAAUCCCAGCUGGUAGUACAGGGAGCGGCAGGUGAUCCUCACCCACACUGGGCAGGUGAAGUGCAGCACCUGUGUCCCCUCUCGGUGAGACUCCCCACACCCUGAGCUACUUCCUGGGGAGGCACCUCCCUGUUCCCCCGUUGGCACUUGCUGGCCACCUGGAGUCCCUGGACCCAGUGUUUUGCUGUUACACAUGGAGUUGCCCGUGGGAUGUUUGGUUGACUUUGUGUGUGUGUGGCCCAUUGGCAGGGAUUGCAGUAUCUGACAGGAAGACAGGACCCAGGGCAUGGGCCAGGUGCAGUGUAACCUCCUGUGGCAACAUUGCUCCCCUCUGUGCCAGGCCCGGCUCUCCACUCUGCCCACCAGGUUUGCAGGGGAGCGUUGAGGCAGUCUUGGGUCCCGCCCCUAAAUUCUGACUCAGUUGGCCUAUGUGAUCCUGACCUGCAGACAAAGCUGAGGACCUGGUGACGAGAGUCAGCUGGAAUGUUUAUUAACACAGCUUACCAAGCCCUGUCCAGAGGUGUGCUUCUGUGGGUUGGGGGGCCAAGCCCAGGCCUGUGCCUAUGCGUGAGCCUCAUGGCUACUUCUGAGCCAGGUGGGCCCAGCUCACCGUGGAGCCAGGUGUGGAGCCCCAGGGCACUGGGUCCUUGCUGCGGCCUCUCAGCGUCUCCCCACUUCACCCCAGGGAGGGGGUGCUUGGGAGCAGGUCAUCAGCUCGAUUUUUUAUGGGGGUCGGGGGUUGCCUUGCCCUGCAUGUGGCUCAGUCUGUCCACUCUGCCAGCUGGGUCCUUUCUGAGCACCAGCAGGUGCAGGUGGUGCCUGGGCUCUGGCCCCCACGCACCAUGCACCUCACGCAUGGUGGGGAUUAUUGGGGGGACCCCAGUGAGCCUCAUACUUGCCCUAGGGAACCACAACUGGGAGAGCCCCUCAAUCCCAGUCCCCUUUGCAGCUCUCUGGCCAGAGCCUCAAUGUGAUAAUGUUGCUUUUAAAGGUGAAAAUUGCUACAAGAAGGAAAAAAAUGUAACCCAGCAGGGCCUCAGGGCCCUGAGGUACAGAGCUGCUCCGGGCUGUGCAGGUGCAGAGCUGCUCCUUUAUCUCAGUGUCUGUGUUGCAGGGAUUGUUUCAAGGCCUUUUAUGUCCACAAGUUCAGGGCCAUGCUGGGGAAGAACCGGCUCAUCUUCCCGGGCGAGAAGGUGCUCCUGGCAUGGUCGGGGGGGCCUUCGUCCAGCUCCAUGGUCUGGCAGGUCCUCGAGGGCCUGAGUCAAGAUUCUGCGAAAAGACUGCGCUUCGUGCCAGGAGUCAUCCACAUUGACGAGGGAGCAGCCUGUGGCCAGAGUGCAGAGGACAGGGCAAAGACGCUGGCCCAAGUGAAGCAGGUCCUGCAAACCGUCGGAUUCCCGUGGCACUUAGUCGCCUUAGAGGAGGUGUUCGGCCUGCCGCCGUCCGUGCUGAGCUGCCCCGUCCCGGAGCCGGCGGGGGCCGAGGGGGCCUACAAGGCGGCCGUGGACAGUUUCCUCCGGCAGCAGCAGGUGCCUCAGGCUGAGGGCGCCCAGGACGGCUCCAGCCCGGCCCAGGAGCAGGGGCAGCUGUGCCAGCCCCACGUGCAGAACCCCCCGGGCCCGGCAGGGUCACCCACAGCUGCCCAGACUGAGGCUCUGUCCAGACUGUUCCACUCGGUGAAGACGCUGACGGCCAAGGAGGAGCUUCUGCAGACCCUGCGGACCCACCUGAUCCUGCACGUGGCCCGAGCCCACGGCUACUCCAAGGUGAUGACCGGGGAGAGCUGCACCCGCCUGGCCGUCAAGCUCAUGACCAACCUGGCGCUGGGGAGAGGGGCCUUCCUGGCCUGGGACACGGGCUUCUCCGACGAGCGGCACGGGGACGUGGUGCUGGUGCGGCCCAUGCGGGACCACACCCUGAAGGAAGUCGCCUUCUACAACCGCCUGUUCGCCGUCCCUUCCGUCUGCACGCCGGCCAUCGACACCAAGGCCCCCGAGAAGGCCAGCAUCCACCGGCUGAUGGAAGCCUUCCUCCUGCGGCUGCAGACCCAGUUCCCCUCCACCGUCAGCACCGUGUACAGGACGAGCGAGAAGCUGGCCAAGGUGCCCAGGGACGGCCGUGCUGCUGGACCCCGCUGCCUCCUCUGCAUGUGCACGCUGGACGUCGACGCUGCGGACAGUGCCACGGCCUUUGGGGCUCAGACUUCGUCGCAGCUCUUCCAGACGCAGCCGGCCCCUGCCCUGCCUGAGGCCGGGGCCCCCCCGGCACCCUGCUGCGUUCCCGGGGUGGGCAGGGCCCAGGACUGCUGCAGGGCGGCCUGCGGGAGGGAGGAGCCCCGAGCCUGCGUCAUCGAGCAGCUGUGCUACGGCUGCCGUGUGAACAUGAAGGACUUGCCCUCCCUGGAGCCCCUGCCCCCCUACAUCCUGGCCGAGGCCCAGCUCCGCAGCCAGAGGUACCAGCGCCCCUCCCGGGAGCCCCUUCUGGGCGGGAGCUCCCAGGGCCCGGUCCCAACGGGCCGCCUUCCCCCCAAAACCCCGGGCCCCCAAGAAGGCCAAGAAGAACCGAACCGGGAAAACCAACGGGAAGCCCCCGAAAACCGAACCCCCAAGACAAGCAGCAUCGGCUCAGGUGGGCCAGGAGGAGAGGUCACAGCUGCGCCCCGGCCCCGGGAGUGCUGCGCGCUGUGUGGCGCCGCCCCUUAG